AUGAGGAAGAAAGGAAAGAAGAACAUGUUUGCCCGUGUUGUUGACGAGAUUCCCGAUGUUUUCAUCUCAGCCACCCGCAAUGCGAAUUUGAACAAGGCCAUCAAUUGGUGGAAAAAGCGGGAGACAUUUUGCGAACGUGGCGCGGUUAGUAUCUCGACUCGCAGGGAUACCGGAAGGAAGCGAGUCAACACUAAAGCUCUUGACCGCCUUCGUAAGAUCGGACUUAAGUUCGAUUCUGGACUGUUACGUCAGUUGGCGUUGCGUAUGCUGCGCCGACCGGAUGCCCCAAAGGCGGACGCGAAUGGCGUAUUGCUGGAAAAGAAGAUUAACACGCGCUGGGUGCAGUCGUUCAUGGAAACCCACAACAUCAUACUUCGAGCGCAAUCCGGGAAACGCCAGCUAAGUCCGGAAAAGACUGCAGAGAUCGAAAAGAGCGUGGCGGUACACCUGGGUGAGCUUAAAAGGGGGUUCGAAAGUGGCAAAUACGACGAAAACGUGAUUGAGAACAUUGAUGAAACACACUUUGUCAUCGAUUUUGACAAUGGCAAGACUUUGGGCUUUGGUGGAGAAUCGCAAGUAAAAAAUAGAUUGAUGUCGGAUUUAGAGCGGAAGAUGUAUCCAACUUUAUAUUUGCACCCCAGGUCGCACGCUUCGAAGUACCACAAAUUCUUUGCGACACUAGCUUGUAUGGAUAAGGAGAAUUACAAUGUACAAGCCAGAUUAUUCAUUACUCAUCGUGGUGGUCCGUCACAAUAA